GUUACGAGUGGAGUUAAUAGAAUCAUCAUUUAAUGUUACUUGGUAUUUUACCGUUGUUCCAGGACAUCGUUCUGAGGUUGUAUGUGUGCGUGCAAUAACUGAAAACCACACAAAUGAGUAACUUGCACAACUUCAAUAAAGAAGAUAAUAUUACAAUUGGUGGUGCUCAUCCCUAUCUGACAUCAUACUCCAGUUCUGACCGACUGGCUGUAGUGUUUCUCUACUUCCGGACCUUAUCAUAAAUACAGUCCUUUUUUCCUACACACCCUCAACAACAUUUUGGUCCAUCGAGCCGGAGCCAGUGAAUCGCUACAGACAGAUGUCUCAUCCUGAUACAGAACGUGAGGCCCGUCCCAAACGCCAAGUCAAGCUACCUGCACACUUCAAAGGCUUUGAGGUCGGAGGGUUUGGACCUGCUGGACCUGCACCACCUUCCUCUGGAGUUGAAGUGUUGGAGCGAGCAUCCAGGGAUCCCUCUCCGAUUAGCCAGAUAUCACAGAGCAGUGAAAUGCUGCGAGAUGAGUGGCGCCUCACACUGGAAGAAAUGCAACAAGAGAAUGAAGAGCUCCGCGAGCAUCUCAACCAACUACCUCAGUUGAAAUCUAUUUGGAUGGGGAUGAAGAAAGAGAAUGAGGAAAUGCGUAAUCAUGUCCGACAUGUCCCAGACCUCAUGACAAUGCUCCAAGGCCUGACUCAGGAGAAUGCUGCCCUUAAGCAAGAAGUCCAGCAGCUGGCUGUUAGAUCAGCAUUGCCAGCACAGCCAGUGAUGCAGUCACACGCAGUGCCAAUCCAACAUCCACAAUGGCCAACCAGGCAGUACUACCCAUCUUAUCCAACUAUGCCUGAUCCGCUGCCUGACCAUCAUCAGUUUCCAGCAGCGCCUGUCAGACAGUUAACGGAGCAGAUGAGGGGCCUCCACUUCUCAGAUGAGCCAGGCAACAGUGCCUCACGUGGCGGCAUUCAAACAUCGAGAUACCACUCCAACCAAGGACAAUAUAGCCAGCCUGGAUUCCAAUCAAGCGGCCCUGGAUAUUAUCAGGAGGAAAGCACGUUUCAAACACCGCACCCUGGUGGUGGCCUGCAGCGACAAGGUGGGGAAAGAGAGAGUGGUCUGAGUGGGCGCUCUCCCCCAUCGUAUGACAACAGUGGACAUUCACCCCCUGAUGCCGGCCACAGACCACCCCACAGAUGGGACACACCUUCAUAUGACCCAGCCAGUCACCAAGAGAAGGUGUACAGAGGUCCGAAACCAAGCAUUCCUCACCUCUCGUCUCCAGAUCCAAGAGCGUUCUCCAGGCUAAGAAUGGCUCUGGAGAAUUUGCUGCCUAAGGACGCCACAGAACUAUUCAAAUACCAGAUCCUCUGUGACCAUUUGAAAUUAGAGGAGGCAAUGUUAAUUGCUGACUCUUACUGCAACUCGAGGCGCCCCUACACAGAAACAAUGCAUGCACUGACGAGAAUGUAUGGACAACCACAUAAGCUGGUCCUGUGUCACAUAGCUGAGGUUAUGGAUGGCCCAAACAUCAGUACAGGUGAUGAGAAGAACUUCCGCCUGUUUGCACUCCGCGUGCGCUCCCUGGUCAGUAUGUUGGAGCAGCUGGGACCAGAGGGACGUGUAGAGCUAGAAUGUGGGUCCCAUGUAUCAAGGCUACAGAGUAAACUCCCACAUGACCUCAAGACCAGCUUCAAGAGAUUCAUCCAUCCAUUGAGAGUAGCUGUUCCCACAUUACAUGAGUUUUCUGAUUGGCUGGAGUACGAGCUACAAGUGCAAGAGGAUAGCCUGAAGUUGUCCAGCUCUUCUCGGCAAGAGUCUUCAGCUAAGAAGAAAGACAACCGAAAGGAAACAAGGCAUGCUAGUAAAUCUACUACCAUUCUACUGAGCACAGAGAAAGGGGCUGUUAGCGAGGGAUCACCUGAGGUAUCCACUAAUUCUACGUGGCAGAAAGGUAAAUCACAAUCCUACUGUCCUUAUUGUGAUAAUGGUAAACACUUUCUGAAUGGCUGUCCUAACUUCAAAGAGCUCACUAAGGACCAGAAGGAGUCGUGGAUUAAGCAGAACAACAGAUGCUGGCGCUGUGGGCGUAACCAUCAUGCAUCCAAAUGUACACUGAAGGCCCUGUGCAAGACUUGCAACAGGAAACACCUGCUCAUCCUCCAUGAGGUCAAUGAUAGAGUACGAGAGAAGGAUACCGAUGCCAAACCAACAGAGAACACUUGUCUGGUGAGCACCACUAGUGAAGUACUGUAUGUAGAUCCUCCUAUGUACAGUCGUAAAGUCUUACUGAAGGUCAUUAAAGUCCUACUAAGAAAUGGAAAUAAGGCAAUGGAGGCGUAUGCAGUUUUGGAUGAUGGGUCUGAGAGGACCAUUAUCCUCCAUGAAGCCGCACAGCGCCUAGGCCUCAAGAGAGAUCCGGAGGACUUAAUUCUCAGGACUGUAAGACAGGAGAAACAAGUGCUUCAUGGGGCGGCUGUAUCUUUCAUAGUGUCCUCUGUAUCAGAGCCUCAAAAGGAGUUCACCAUCUGUGGUGCUUUCACUGCAGAGCAGCUCAGCCUCUCAGAGCACUCCUACCAUACUAGUGCGCUUCAGCAGAAGUACAAGCAUUUGGUGGGACUGCCCCUGCCACAGUUGACCAAUGCACAACCCGUGCUCCUAAUUGGAUCUGACUGUCCACACCUUAUCACCCCGAUAGAGCCAAUUCGUCUGGGUCCUCCUGGUGGGCCAGCAGCGGUUAAGACCCGCUUAGGGUGGACACUGCAAGGUCCGGCUCAUGAACUCAGACGUGGGCUCAAUCAGCAACACUGCCUUUUCACUACCACGCCUUCCAAUGCUGACCUGUUUGCACAUGUGGAGCGACUGUGGCAGAUGGAUGUAUUGCCAUAUCGCAGUGAGAAGACAGUGACAAGGUCGAAACAGGAUCAGGAAGCUGUUCAGCUGCUGACUGAGAAAACAGUGCGAGUGGAGGUCGACGGGGUGAUGCGUUAUGCAACGCCUCUGCUGCGGGUGAGAAGCAUGCCCUGCCUACAUGCACCUGGAGAAUCUGUGCUACCACAGCUAAGGAGUACAGAGCGGAGAUUAGCUAAGAACCCAGAUCAGGCAGCUGCAUAUCAAGCUGAAAUGGAGAGGCUACUGCAAGCUGGAUAUUCUGAGAAGCUGCAACCAGAUGCUGUGGAUAAGUCAGCAGAAUCCUGGUACAUACCCCACCAUAUGGUUCAGCAUAAUGGUAAGAACAGGAUCGUGUACAACUGCUCCUUCAUGUAUGCUGGCCACAAUCUGAAUGAACUCCUCCUCCCAGGUCCAACCUUAAGCUCAUCACUUCUGUCUGUCUUACUACGCUUUCGGGAGCACUCCGUUGCCCUUAGUAGUGAUAUACGUGGGAUGUUCCACCAGGUUAGGCUGCUUCCAGAAGAUAAGCCCCUAUUAAGGUACCUCUGGCGGGACAUGAAGGUCGACCAUCCACCUGACGUAUACCAGUGGCAGGUGUUACCAUUUGGUACGACCUGCAGCCCCUGCUGCGCGACCUAUGCCCUACAAAGACAUGUGCUGGACAGCAGCCAACCUGGUGAUAAGGUACGCACUGUGGUGGAGAAGUCAUUCUACGUGGACAACUGCCUACAUAGUCAGACUUCAGUGGCGGCAGCCAAAGAGUUAGUUGAUGAGCUCUCCACCCUGUUAGCUACUGGAGGUUUUGAGCUACGGCAGUGGGCGAGUAACGAGCCAGCAGUCAUCAGUCACCUUCCGUCAGAAGCACGAUCCACUAGCUGUGAGCUGUGGCUCAGUUGUGGUGAGCAGAAUGUCCAAGAGUCUGCGUUGGGGUUACACUGGAACUGCCAGUCAGACGCUCUGCACUACAAACUCAGGCCCAUAGAUUGUUGUACUGCCACAAUGCGCAACAUCUAUAAAGUACUGGCAAGUCAGUAUGACCCACUUGGGUAUAUUGUACCUUACACAACUAGAGCAAAAGUACUGGUACAGCGGUUGUGGGACAAGAAACGUGAUUGGGAUGACCCCCACUUACCUGAAGACCUGCUCCAGUCUUGGCGCUCAUGGGAAGCAGAGCUGAGCAGCUUAGGGAAUAUUGCUCUACCAAGAUGUUACACCAGUGUGGAGAUGGAUCAACCCACCAGCAAGAGGGACAUUCAUGUCUUCUGUGAUGCAUCAGAACAGGCCUACGGGUCAGUGGCUUACAUGCGGACAGAGAAUAUGAAUGGUCAAGUGGAGGUGGCCUUCCUUACAGCGAGGUCCCGUGUUGCACCCAAGAAGCAGCAGACGAUACCCCGUCUGGAGUUGUGUGCAGCUCUUAGUGGUGCACAGUUAUCCAAGCUUCUCUCUACCGAGCUCACAGUAUCCAUUCACUCCAUCACCCUAUGGUCCGAUUCCACAACAGUGCUCAGCUGGUUGCUCUCUUCUUCCUGUCGCUACAAAGUGUUUGUCGGGACACGAGUAGCAGAAAUCCAAGAGCUGACAGAUGCUGCAACAUGGCGUUAUGUGCGGUCGGCAGACAAUCCAGCUGAUGAUACAGAUGGAGGUCGCCUUCGGCGCUGUAGCGAACUGGAGCCGGACGCAGUUCACCCGAUCAUCCUUGAUCCACACCACUCACUGACCAAGCUAAUCAUUAAGGAUUAUGAUGAGGCUUUGCUUCACCCUGGCACAGAAAGGGUAUUCGCUGAAGUAAGGAGGAAGUACUGGGUGUUACGAGGGCGUGAAGCAGUACGGCGACAGCAGUUCAAAUGCACUGAGUGCAGGAAAUGGAGAGCGCGUCCUGCACCGCCGCAGAUGGCAGACCUACCUGUGUCUCGACAACGUGUUUUCAAACCAGCGUUCUACUCAACCGGUGUCGAUUGUUUUGGACCCUACCUCAUUAAGAUUGGAAGGAGGAAUGAGAAAAGGUGGGGGCUUUUGUUCAAGUGCAUGACCACCAGGGCAGUGCACAUUGAUCUCCUCUCCAGCCUAGACUCAGACUCCUUCUUGAUGGCGUUGCGACGCUUUAUCUCAAGGCGUGGAAGGCCGCAUGAGAUCUUGUGCGACCAAGGCACAAACUUCAAAGGAGGAGAGCGUGAGUUGCAGGAGUCCUUCAGAGCACUGCAGGCAGAGCUCCAGACUCAACUAGCCAGUCAAAAGAUACGAUUUCUCUUCAACCCCCCAGGAGCGCCGCAUUUUGGUGGGUGUUGGGAAAGAGAAAUUCGAUCUAUCAAAGUAGCGCUGCAAGUCACCAUUGGAGCCCAGACGGUUACUGAAGAGGUGCUGCGUACGGUCUUGGUUGAGAUUGAGGGGAUCCUCAACUCAAAGCCCCUAGGCUAUACCUCUUCGGACGCAGCGGAUCCAGACCCAAUCACCCCCAACUGUUUCAUCAUCGGACGGAGAGAUGCUUCUUUGCCUCAGGUGGUCUACCAAGACUCAGAGCAACUGAGUCGACGACGUUGGCGUCACAGUCAGCUCUUGGCAGAUCACUUCUGGAGGCAUUUCGUUAAGUAUUACUUACCUGGCCUCCAAGCUCGCCAGAAAUGGAGAAAGGAUGCCACGGAUCUACAGCUCCAAGACGUGGUCAUGAUCGUCGAUCCGCAGCUUCCGCGAGCUCUCUGGCCGGUGGGGAAAGUCAGCCAGGUGUUCCCAGGAGUCGAUGGGAAAGUGAGAUCAGCCAACGUGGACGUCAAGGGAAGGACCUACACGCGCCCUGUUGCCCGCCUUGUCCUACUCCCUGCCUUACCUGAUGACAGUUGA